AUGUCUGGAAAGUCCUUGCUCGUCGUUCUCACCUCGUGUGACAAGCUCAUCAGUGAGUUGAAAGCACCGUCUGCUUCAUAUGCGCUGUGCCCCACACCAGCGCCACAUCAUUACAUGAUCGGAUUCCACCACGUUCUACCCAUGCGACCCCGCUCGUUCCUCGACUGCGCGCCUUCCUGUCACUCGGUCGCUCUCGCCAGGCCAUCCAUCCGCUUCAUCUUGUCACACCCAUCUUGAAAUGCACACCGACUGACAAUGCUUCCGCUCCCCUUCCUCACCCCACUGCACUCCCUUCUCUCGGAACCCGACGACCGCCCGACCGCCCCUCUCCCCCUCCUCUCUACCUCAUCAGACGACCGCGGCGCCACGGGAUGGUACCUCCCCGAGCUCGCCCACCCUUACUACGUCUUCAAGAAGGCCGGCAUCAAAUUGACCUUGGCGUCCCCCAAGGGCGGCGAGGCGCCUUUGGACCCUGCGUCAGUCAAGGCUUUCUCCGAGGUUAGUUGAGUUUGGCCACGUCCUCGUUACGAGGAUACGUUCGGCUGAUCAAAUUUGGAGUGUGCUGUAAUUUUUUUCUUAGGACAAGGAGUGCCAAGAGUUCCUCAGGGAUGAGGAGGCGCAGCAGCUCGUCAAGAACACGCACAAGCUCAGCGAGUUCAAGGAGAAGGACUUUGAUGCCAUCUUCUACGUCGGCGGCGUAAGUCCAAUCCCCCAAGCUCGACCUUGACAUCGCGGUCUGCACCCACAAAGACGAAGAAUUGUCCAACUGAUCUUUGUAAAACCGCUUCCCAAUCUCUACAGUACGGACCCCCGAUCGACUUGCGAGUAGACCCCGUCUCGAUCGACCUCGUCGAAUCCUUCUACGCCGCUGGCAAGCCCACUGCGGCCGUCUGCCACGCCCCCGGUGCGAUCCUCUCCCAAGCCAAGGACCGCAAGACCGGCGAACCGCUCGUCAAGGGCAAGCGCUACACGACCUUCACCGAUUCGGAGGAGAAGGCCAACGGUGGGGUGGGUACGAUCCCCGAGUUGGGGGAGGAGACUUUGACCAAGUUGGGUGGGAUCCUCGAAAGGACCGAUGACUGGGGCGUCAAGGUCGUGGUUGACGGCAACGUGAGUUCUCUUGCGAACCCAUGUGCUGAGUUGUUCGGACGAAAUACUGAUGGCCUCAUUUGAAUUUUGAAUAGUUGAUCACGGGCCAGAACCCCGCUUCGGCCGGCCGCACCGCCGAGAAGCUCGUCGAGAUCCUCGGUGCCUGA